CGACCACUUCCCCUUGCACAUUAUCCAUCCACUUACUCAGGCGAUACCGCACAGGCGACACCUUCGAUAACUCAUCAUGGACGAUCCUUCAGGCUCAGGAGGAUGGCGGUUUGCGCAAUGCUUCGGUGAUAAAGGCGAGGUGGAGGAUAUAACGGAAGCCGACAUCAUUUCGACGGUGGAGUUCGACUCAACCGGGAACUAUCUCGCCACCGGAGACAAAGGAGGUCGUGUGGUGCUGUUUGAACGAAACGAAUCGAAAAAGGGAUGCGAAUACAAGUUCUACACCGAGUUCCAAUCACACGAGCCGGAGUUUGACUAUCUCAAGUCGCUGGAGAUCGAGGAGAAGAUCAAUAAGAUCAAGUGGUGCAAACGCCAAAACUCGGCCCAUUUCCUGUUAUCGACCAACGACAAGACCAUCAAGUUAUGGAAGGUGUUCGAGAAAUCCUUGCGAGUAGUGUCCGAGUCCAACCACCACGAUGGCACCCGCCCUCUGCCCCCACCCACCGCUCCGUCACAUCUGCGACUGCCUCGUAUGUCUCAACAAGACAACAUAAUUGCCGCAGUGCCGCGGAAAGUAUACUCCAACGCCCAUGCGUACCAUAUUCAUUCGAUAUCCGUCAACUCGGACCAAGAGACCUACAUCUCAGCUGACGAUCUGCGAGUGAAUCUUUGGAACCUGAACAUCAGUGACCAAAGCUUCAACAUUGUGGACAUCAAACCGGUCAACAUGGAGGAGCUGACAGAGGUCAUCACUGCUGCGGAGUUUCACCCGUUGCACUGCAACCUGUUCAUGUACUCAAGUUCAAAAAGCAAUAUCAAGCUGGGCGACAUGCGACAGUCGGCGUUAUGCGACAGACAUACCAAAUGCUUCGAGGAAGAGGAGGAUCCAUCCACUCGUUCUUUCUUCUCCGAAAUUAUUUCGUCCAUCUCAGACGUCAAGUUCAGCCACGACGGACGAUACAUUCUUGCACGAGACUAUCUGUCGCUGAAGAUCUGGGAUGUCAACAUGGACUCGCGGCCGGUGAAGACCAUUCCAAUCCAUGACCAUCUGCGCGGGAAACUUUGUGACUUGUACGAGAACGAUUGCAUCUUUGACAAGUUUGAGUGUCUUUGGGGUGGUGACGACAAACAUGUGCUCACUGGCUCCUACCACAAUUAUUUCCGGAUAUACGACACUGACACGGUCAACGAUGUCGUUCUUCAGGCAGAUAAAUCUGCCUUCAAGGCGAAGAAGAUUGGUGGGCCGUUGCCGGGCAACAAGGGUGGGCCGAAGAAUGGUCUGAAGCAAAAUGGGUUGAGGGAUCAGAUGCAGCUGGAGACACUGGAUUUCAAUAAGAAAAUCCUACAUGCAAGUUGGCACCCGAGGGAAAACACGAUUGCCAUCGCUGCGACAAACAACUUGUUUUUGUACAGCGCAGCCUAAUGCAAUCCUGUUCAUAUAUCACACUGGGUCCGUUAUGUUCAAGCAACUCACAUUCUCUCGCGCAUGGACACGAACUGCACUCCCAUCCAUAUCUCUACCCACGCGUACCGUAAUAUCCAGAGUAAUCCUGGCCCGUCGCUCCUUGUGCUCUCACCGCUCGCCAUGGUGCUUUCCUCCGCCCCUCCCAUAUGUUCCUCUGUAGAUCGGUAUGUAGAUGGGCUCGGGUUUUCGUUGCAUCCUGGAAGAAGAAGAAUGGCCGCAAAGCCAAAUAAAUUGUGUUUAUAUCUGCUCGUGUAACAUCAGAUUCGUCUUAUUUGGUACCGCACUGCCCUGUUGGCUGUGUUCCCGCGCCUUGCUCUCCACCAUGACCACGGUGUACGCACCUCCUCCUGGCCCUCCACCUACUUUCGAGUAUGCUCUUCCGCCGCCUUCUUCGCCGUCUCUUGGGACCCACGAUGCUCCAACAUUCGAGCCAUCUUGUCGGGAUGGCACAGAGCUCGGAGUUUACAUUCGAAGCAACCUCGCUGUUUUGGCAACUCAUGGCUGGAUCCGCAUCCCGCUGCCUCCUGAGUUUGAAGAGCUAUAUGCAUCUCUCUUCAGGCAUUCUUCUGAAUACUUCGAUCUACCGUCCGAUUCUAGCUCCAAAACUAAGUUUGCCGCGCCCACAGGAAGGGCCGCGUCCGAGGAAGGUUUCUAUGACAUACCAGAAGAGAAACAGUUGAUCACCAUGCGCCGAAUCUCGGGAAUGCCACCUCCUUUACGCGAUGUAGCAGCCGAUGCAUGGAACGCAACAGGAGAGCUGUUCAUCCAUACGGUGCAGAAUAUUGCGGACAGUCUGGAGCUUGAGGACCGCAAGAUCUUUGACGACAUGUCCUCUGAAGCAAACAACUUCCCGGAAACCACCCGCUCGUCGAGCUUGUUGCGAUUGUUUCGCUACAAUCGCCCUGUGGAGGGAGGGAAGAAGAUUGUGGCCGAAGCUCAUAAAGAUUUGGGCAUUCUGACACUCGUGAUCGGAGAGUCCCCUGGUCUGGAUGCCCUCGAUCUCGUUACGGGUCAAUGGAUCAGUGUGGAGGACGUGCCGAAAGGCCCGCGCGCGCCGAAGUUGACUGCCACGCUUCUCACUGGCCAAACACUCACGUAUCUCACCCGAGGAUUGUAUUCAGCCGGUUCCCAUCGAGUUUCAGUGCUGCCACCGUCUCGUCCGGAAGAUAAAUACCGCUUCUCCAUAGUGUUCGCGUUACGGGCGUCGCCGACGUCCACAAUAGAAACUGCGCGUUUCGAAAAGAGUCCCCUCGUUGGCAAAUUCCCCCCCGAACGGCUUUCCAUCGAAAGAGGCAACUAUCCAAAUUGCAGCAUGUACGAUCAACCUGCCGUGGAGCUCUACCGGGCGAUUGCCCAAACCCAUUGGAAUGUAAACAUCGCUCCCGAUCUUCGCAACGAGCAAAAACGGAAGCUAGAAAAAUUGAAGGAACAGGGUGCAGAACCUCCGAGCAACGAAGGAGAAUGUCCGUGACCGUAUGCAGUUGUCACUGUAUGUAAGUAACUUUGUCGGUAGUGGAUCGAAUGGGUCUCGGGCGCUCUAACUCUCUCUCUUCUUCCCCACGUCGACAGUUGGCCGUCGCUCUCCGUCGGCAUCACUUUCAAGUCACGAGCCAGGGAUUAAACACUACUCGCCUUUGACCCCAACGUCAUCACACGGUCCACCGUACCGAUCCAGUGUGGCAGGCAAUAUGUCUACCGAGUCACCAGGAAACCGGUACCCGAACCAGCAGGAACUCGCACGAUUCCGAGAGGAAUGGCGGCGAGAGGUUCGGGAGCGAACGGAGGCCAUCAAUGCCGAUGCAAGUUCCUCCAGGAAGAUACGAAUCGUUCACGCACCGUCGUACGGAGAUGUUGGCGACUGGCAGGAGCUGCCAGAAGACAACAGCUCUGGGACGGCUACACCGCAACUCGGUGCGUCUAGCGAGGUGGUGACUGGGACGCUCCACACCGCUACUACGCCUUCUGGACUCUUCAACAAGGAUGCGGUUCCGGCCGUAGUUCUCCGCGCACUUGCCGUUUACAAGCGCGCAGUCGACUACGAGCAGCGCGGGGAGCUUGAUGAAGCCCUGCUUCUGUAUCGCCAGGCUUUUCGGAUGGAGCCAAAUGUCGAUCGGGCAUACCAGACGCAAGAGAUGCUGGCCGCGCACCAUGUCGCUCAAACAACUUCUCCCGAUGUGGUUGCUACUUCAGAGGCAGAGAAAGAUGUUGACCAGGUGGCCGUACAGCUGCAAAGCCUGGCUAUCGUCAAGUCCGGGGACACAAUUACCGGAACCAUUGCUAGCAUCAUUCAGCAAUUCCCUGAGGACGUAAGAUUCGAUCCAGAGGAGGAGGAAGAACCUGUUCAUUUCAACUGCGUCCCUGAGGAGUUGAUCGUUUCUAUCCUCCGGCGAAUGGACCACACCACCGUUGAGCGCUUUGCGGCUGUCAGUCGCAAGGCACGCCUGCUCACUCUGGACCCGGGGAUAUGGAGAGAUCUAGUACUGCCAUUGUUGAAACCCCCUCAAGUUACCGGGGUGGACGUUGUGCCGGCUAUCAUCACCCGUUAUGAAUCGGAUUUUAGGCGCAUCUACAUCGAGCACCCGCGAAUUCGGCUGGACGGUGUCUAUAUCGCCGUAUGCCACUACAUACGGCAGGGUCUUAAUGAGAAUUCUUGGGUCAAUAUCAACCAUCUGGUCACGUACCACCGUUAUUUGCGAUUUUUCCCUGAUGGCAAAGUUUUAUCUUUGCUCGCUAAUGAAGAGACACCUCCUGCCGAAGUUGUGCACUCUCUCAAGCCUUCACUCCGCAAGAAGGGUCUUUUCAUCGGCACGUGGAAGCUAUCGGACUCGGUAGUUACUAUAUCGAAUCUGGUCGACGCCAGCGGCAGAUUUCCGAUUCCGCCUGCGGUGACGGCUGCAGGGGCCGAUUCCUUUGCCCGAUACACGUUCAGGAUGGGCCUGAGUCUCGGCUCCAAGCCCGUGGGCAGAUGGAACAAGCUGGAGCUCACCACUUACGACUCCGUUGAUCUGCAAACGGGGAAUAUGUCGCCCGUCGGCUCGCGCCACCAGCGACCAUUCUGGUUCUCGAAGGUCAAAUCUUUUCCUCCGUUCUGAGCGGAGUUAUUCCGGACGAUAAGCCCAAACACCCGAGUCUCUGUAUUCUUUUGUACUAUUAUGGGAUGCACAUCCACUGCCUUCAAUUCGUGGUUCAGGCCCAAGGCCCGAGGGCAGUGCAAGGGACAAGGCAGCACACUGUCAAUGGCAUGUACUAACUACUCCCUGAAUUGGCUCAUUAUCACGUUUGGUUCGAAGCUCGGUGCACAGUCUGUUGUCCGCUUCCUAGGCUUCCUCUGCUGUCCGCUAUGCUCUGGCACUUUUCGCGUCCGUGGCUACUGUGUCCUCCCCGAACAAUCAACAUUUCCGACUAUCAGAUUCUGCUCCACUGAUUGCAACUGCAAAUCUCUGACUAGGCUCGCAAGCCCCCGAGAGCUGGCGUCCGAAAAUGUCGUAGCAAUGCUGCUUUUGAUUGGAGGCGGUAAUGAGUCAAAACGUCCCUAUUUGGUAUGGUUCCUUCCUUCUCGCGCUUCGCCCAGAGCUUUUCGAAGGAGUGCAAGCUUCAAGUAUAAAUGGCUGCCGCAAAACUACGGAGCAGCACGAUUCCACGAAAAUGUUCCCCUCCCCCAAGUCCCUCCUCUUUCUUGCUGGGCUGCUUCUGCACGCGACGGCCGAUUACACGCUCGCUCCGGCUCUGCAAGGCGCUAACGACACAAGCACACCGCUGAACCCUCCGGACGUCCCCAGCAAUUUUACCGAUGCAGACCUGAUCGCCAACACCGCCGGAGUCGUGAGCCAAAAGACCGGCGCACCCUCCGACAGUACACCGCCCGACUUGGCUCAAGCGCCGACCAAGUUGACGGCAUACGAUGGGACGCUGUUUGUGAGCUACAUCGCAUCUGACCCGGUGGAUGUCGCGGCCACUGGCAACGGGGGACUGGACAAUUACGUGAUACUUUUUGAUGGCCGUCCCGAUGGCAAUUCCAGCGCCAAGGCUGAGAACAUCGCCGAGGAUGCCGCCAUCGUGGGUACGGCAUACCUGACCUACAAGUUGGUGUCGAAUGACAGUUACAUCGACCACGGCAUGCCUGAGUGUGCUGCGUUCUGUGAUUCCACACCGGGUUGCGUCUUCUUCAACAUUUACACUGAGAUGUACAAUCCGCUCCUGGAUUACGUGUUUACCGAAAAGUCUAAUCUCAAAUGUGUUCUGUAUGGCGAGGUCCACGGCGCCUCCGAGAAGACUAAUUUCGGCGGGCAACAGCUUGCGCCUCCGCCAUCUCCGCCUACGAAAAUCAUCCACAGCAGUGGUUUUGCCUCUCGCGCUGCCAUGGAGCCUUCCGUACCUGCUGGCUAUGAGCUCGUGUUCGGACCUAUUUCCGCUGCAAACAACGCACCAGCAUACAUGGGUUUCGCCUUCCUCGACAGAUAUGAUCCCUCGGCGUGUGCGCAGAUGUGCAACCAGCGCCAAGCGGACGACAAAGGUGGCGCGUGCAAGUUUUUCAACAUCUGGCGUGCCAUGGUCAAUGACACUCCGAAGACUUACACUUGUUCUAUGUAUUACGAGCCGACGAACGCAUCGACUGCAACCAACACCGGGCAGGGCGAUCUCAAAGUGACCAUGUCCCGGGGAUACCGACGGAUUUCGCACAUUUCUGACGGGACGUUCGAGUCGUACACUUGCUCUGACGGCGGUGUGUUCUGCUUCACUGAGCAAGCGGCAGGGUGGAAAGGCCUGUCUACCACCGGAGGGUCGUUGGAUGCUACCAUCUUCCACUACGCACCGUACGCACACAUGGGCACUGGUUGCGCGCUCUUGGGCUGCGCAUUUGGCACCGACAACCACACGGGGAUGCUCGUCCCGACCUCGUCGUUCUCCGCGCUUACCAAAGACAAGACAUACGAGGUGCAGCUGUUCAGCUCCAGCAUGUACAGCGGUAUGGAACUGGAGGCCAACUCGCUGCUGCAAGUCAUCUGGAACGGAGUGAUGGUCGGGAAUGUCACGGCGGGUUACAGCGACUGGAAGUAUCACGCGUUUUCUGUCACCGCUCUUGGCGGCGGCCAAGACAAGCUCGUGCUCCAGGGUGGAAGCGCACCUGCAUACGUUUUUAUUGACGACGUUUACGUCUUCUUGAUUUGAUGCGGACUUUUGUAUACAUAUAAACGAAUUCUAAUUCUUGGACACGAGAUAAGAUGAGAUGCUGCUAA